GUCAUCAGAAAUGGCUUCUCUUGACAGGGUAAAAGUGUUAGUUUUAGGAGAUUCUGGGGUUGGCAAAUCUUCCUUAGUCCAUUUAAUAUGUCAGAAUCAGGUUUUUGGAAAUCCUUCUUGGACUGUUGGCUGUUCUGUGGAUGUACGGGUUCAAGAUUACAAAGAAGGAACCCCUGAGGAGAAAACUUUCUACAUUGAGCUAUGGGACAUUGGAGGAUCAGUGGGCAGUGCCAGCAGUGUCAAAAGCACCAGAGCAGUCUUCUACAAUUCAGUAAAUGGAAUAAUAUUGGUACAUGAUUUAACAAAUAAGAAAUCUUCCCAAAAUCUCUACCGCUGGUCAAUGGAAGCUUUGAAUAAGGAUUCCUCCCCAACAGGAGUUAUUGUCUCAAAUGGUGACUAUGACAGAGAACAGUUUGUUGAGAACGCAGUGCCUUUGCUGCUGAUUGGAACAAAGUUUGACCAGAUUCCAGAGAACAAACGCAGUGAAGUUCUCACUCGGACAGCCUUCCUUUCUGAAGAUUUUAACGCAGAGGAGAUCAAUCUUGACUGCACAAACCCAAGAUACUUUGCUGCAGGCACAUCAAAUGCUGUGAAACUUAGCCGUUUCUUUGAUAAGGUAAUAGAGAAGAGAUAUUUCACCAGAGAUUCAAGUCAGAUGACAGGCUUUACUGACAGAAAAAGGUUCAACUUCAAAAGUUUGCACUAUGACUGAGUUCCACGAAUGCAACAGCAGUGGUCUGUGGGUUUUUUUUUUUUGUUUUGUUUUUUUUUACCAACACAUCUGUGGGUUGACAUGUUGGAGACCAGGGUUAGCAACAUAAACAACCUCACCUCUUCCUCUUUCUGUUAUUUUAUAUUUUUUUGGCCUAAAUGUGAACUCAAAAAGAAACUUAAUGUAACGUGGGAAUAAAUCUUUUACAGAUAAUAUGCAAGAUGUAUUAUUCAGGAGUAUCUUUUUAUUUUAAAUGAACUACUUGAUUUAUUAUCCUAUCAUCUUGUCCACAAACACUUCUAUCAGGUUUCUACAGGUAGAUUUUACUAAACUUUCCAUUAAAUGAGGUUGCCUCAGCCUUUCAUCACCUUCUUCAUCCACUGCAGAA